AUGAAAGUUCUAACUCCCAAUGAGCUCGUUGAGCGCAUAUGCGAAGAAAUAGCUUAUGCAGGAGGAUCUUUAACAUCUGGUCCUUUUUGGGAUGUAGUUUCUGAAAUUACCGACAACCUAGACAAUCGCCUGAGGAGCUUUGUGCUUCGCUGCUUCGGAACUUAUCAGGAUACAUCUAUCAUGAGACAUGGAAAGCUUCUGGCAGCAGAUGAUUUCGAUGAACAAACUAUAGGAAGCGAGGACCUAACCUUUUCAAUCUCGGAAGACAGGCUCUUCCUCUUUCUCACGGGCUAUAAGAAAAAAGAAUGCUCUGUUGGAGGCCUGGCAUUCGAACUACUUCUGGAAAUUGCAAAGACGAAAGAGCAGGGUAUCAACACGAUGGACUUAGCGCGCAAAACUUCGCAAGAUCCUCGAAGCAUUACCGGUAGAAUAAAAAAACUUGGUAACCUUGUUUCAGGAGUUCAGACAAUUUACAAGGGCCACGUCGUGAAGCAUUUGAGAUUUCACAGAUUUGGCGUUCGAGAAGACAGUAACAAAGGUUACGCUAGCAUGAAAGACAGCCUUCAGAGCAUAGUUGAGGUUGUCAAAAAUUCAAAAAACGGUGUGCGGCAAGUAAUUGAUUUAAAGAGAGAGUUCAAAUUCGACAAAGAUAAGCGUCUGUCCAAAGCUUUCAUUGCAGCAAUUUCUUCACUCGAUGCAGCUGGCUAUUUGAAGAAGGUAUUGGUUAUUUCACCUUCAAAUCCCGCUAUAAAAAUAAGAUGUGUUAAGUUUCUUAAGGACUACGAACCCGAAGAACGUCCGCUCAACGAGUCAGAAGACGAUAGUGAUAUUGACGAGGAAAAUGAAGAGAGUCCAGGAAAUGACGAUGGAGCAGGGGAAGACGAAGAGAACUAUAGCCUUUUAAAUGCAGAAAAUGCUUCGCAGCUUCUUCAGAGCAAAAACUUACUAGUUGAGGAUGACAUGAACACAGAAUUGAAGCGGUUUUUACUGAAUAGGUUCUACCCGCUGCAGAAUCAAACAUUUGGACUGGUAGACAAAGAAGGUACAGCAGGUCUCUCAUCGAUGCAGGGCGUCAAUAUGUUGACAGGAAAUGACUACAAAAGGUCAUUUACAAAGUGUAGUGAAUAUUACAUUGACACUGUUGGGAAGGAAAAAGAGGACAGUGAAGGUUUUGGCUUGGUGAAAGUCUAUGACUUUGAAGGUAAAAGGAAAUUCUACAGGCUUUUCACAAAACCUAACUUCAAGCUUCUCACUUCCGCGGCGACCAGGGACGAAGAUUCAGGAUUCAGGCCGUUGAAGCCUCAACAUAGAUCCUUAAAAGAGCUGAACAACGACAACUUUUUUCCCCUAAGCAACACUCUUCGCUUCAUGCAUAGCAGUGACGGGGAUGUAUUUUUUUGGAAUGGAGAGCUCAAAGCUCCAGCGAACGAAAAUGCUGCCCCCAGAGGGCGAAAGAGAAAGCAAGCAAAAGUAGGUGAGCUUCAACAUGAUGAAGCCUCAAAGAAAGUGAAGUCGCGCGAGAGCGCAUUGCCUGCGGAAGGAGUUGUGAAGUCGCAAAAGGAACCUUUACAAGACCUAUUGUCAACAGCACAUUUUACGGAAUCAGACGCAGGUGUCUCAGUAACCGACGAAGAUAAUGGAGAUCGAGGCAGAGCAACUCUCUCUAUAGGUGGCUUUUCUGCGAACUCUCUAAAAUCUCUCCACCGUCAGCGCGCAAUUUUGGGGACUAUCAAGAAGCUGGGGGGUGUAACCAUUUUCAGAGAUCAAUUCUUCGAAGAAGUCACUAAACUCAUGGGAUCUAAAACAACGUUGGACAAAAAGACUAUAAAGGGUGACAUAGAACUUUUGAAAGCUGUCAAAAAAAUCGGAUCUGAUAUUGACAAAAGAACCGGCCGCAAAGUGAUAUAUUUGCCGAACACUACUUCAAAGGCAAUCUCAACCUACUUGAAUAACGAGAAAGACAACAAAAAAUCAUAUUUCAACGAUGUGAUUGAAGGAACGGAUAUCUAUUUCUUCGACAGUGAUCAACGAGAAAGGUUCUUGAGUGGCACCAAAUCUGCUGAGAGAAUCAAAAACUUUGACAAGAAAGCUAAGAGUGGGAAGCCCGCGCAAUCUGUCACUCGGCGGUCGGAGAAGAAAGCUGAGAAGUCGUCGACAAAAGUGGUGUCAUCUUUGCGCGAUUCAACUGCGGAACGUCAGUCCUUGGUUCAAAGCAACAUGGCUCAACAAGCAUCGAAAGAAAAAGCGGAUCGGCAGUCUUACAAUGUGGGGACCAAAGUUGGCUUGCGGGUUCUUGUCAUGUCGGUUGUUCUCACUGAGCUUGUUAAAGGGGAGAUCGCUUGGAAUCUCGUAACGAAGCUAUUCCCUAAUAAUUCACUUAGCAAUUUAGAAAAGCAGUGGACUUUGCGCCGCAUUAAGAUGGGCUUGGGUGGAUUGAAAGCUUUGAAAAUGAAGUGGCGUAAAAUCCUUGUAAAUGCGAUGAAAGAAGAAAGAACAACGAUGGAGGACAUCGAAAGUCUUGAUUUGCCUAAGCUCAUAAGUCUAUGGCAGGGUGCCGAGCAAAAACUUCCCGAGAGGCCGACAGAAUUACUCAGAAACUACGAAGAAAACUUUAAGAAAAGUACUUUUAUCAAGGACGCCGCUUCCUUGGUUGGUACUACGAGUUUGGAUCUUUCUUCCAUGAUUCAACGAGAGUCGACUUUACUGCGAAAAUGUUACACGUACGAGCUCGGAAAGAUCAAGAGAACAAGUGGAGAAGAAGAAAAUAUCAAGACUAUUGUUAGAUCUGCACUGCUGGAUAAGAACUCGGCAGCGGUGGCUGAUAUCGAAGCUUUAAAGGAUUUUGACGUCAAGGAUGUUGAUCGAAUAAUUUUGGAUAUGGCAAAAGACAAACAACUCACUUUCAUGGCUUCGUCAAAACUUCAGUUAAGCGACGGUUUUGCCGAGCUAUUGAAGAAAAAGGGAGAAUUCGAAAAUCUAGAAAAAGCAGCGACCUACAUCAAACAACUACAAGUCGUCCUGCGAGGGAAGCAGGGUAUUGUCUUAAAAGAAGAACUUGUAAAUCACGCUGCCAUCGUCUACGUGGAUAUGCUGCAAUCAAAAACAAUCUCGAUUAACCCUGUUCCGGUCUCCUCGCAUGAGCUUCCCAUGCAUUACACGACUCGAAAGUAUGGUUUUGAUGCUUUGAUGCCUCCGUUGAUCGUGUCGUGCAGAAAACCUGUUGACCAGAAAAAUGUACUCUCAAGUCGUAUCCCCUUGGGUAAACCAUGCUCGCGGUUGUGGAUCAAUGGCGAUGGUGCCCUGCGUGGAGAGAUCUGGAAGCAGCUUGUUUCUCUAGUUUUAAACGAGGUUUUUUUCAAUCCGGGUGUUUCGACGGACGCUGUGGCAACUAGAAAUGCCAGACUCAUAUCGCCUCGAGAGGUUGAGGAGGUUGUAUCCUGGUGUUUUGAGUCCAAACUUAUCGUGCCGACAAAGUUAAGGGGGCUAAUCGCGACUUCAACAUGGUACGCAGCUUUUUGA